GACAAGGAGGAGGAAGAGGAGGAGGAGAAGAAGAGGAACAUGAGGAACAUGAAGAACAGGAGGAAGACGUGGAAGAAGAGGAAGAGGAGAACGACGAUGAGGAGGAGAACGAGGAGGAGGAGGAGGAAAAGGAGGGAGAGGAGGAAGAGGGGAAGAGGGGAAGAGGAGGAACAAGAAGAACAGGAGGAAGACGUGGAAGAGGAGGCUGAGGAGCAGAACGAGGAGGAGGAGGAGGAAGAGGAGGAAGAGGAGCCUAUUAGGAGGAAGAGGCAGUGGAAGAGGAGGAUGACGAACUCACCUGGGCGUGUCCUGCAGUUUGCAAGGCGAUGGUGUGCAGAGCGUGGCGACGAAGGGCAGGGACGUCGACUGGAGGUUCUGCCUUCGGACGGGCGCUGAAGAAAACUCGGGGGGCUGAUGCUCUAGCCCCCACCCUUCCCCCCCCCAAAAAAAAAUAAAAAAUAAAAAAUAAAUCGUGGGCCUGAGG